AUGAAAGGCUCGAUUCUCACGGUUUUGUCAAUGGAGAAUCAUCAUCAUCAUCACCCUUCAACGCACUUAUCAAUGGAUUCAAGUGUCUCCUCCUCUCAUGAAGAACUUGAUUUGGAGAUGAACAACAAUGGUAGUAAUCGCCAAAUCACUCUUUACAACCCACCAGACAUCAAUCUCCCCUUGUCUGUAGGAAGAACCUCCAUGUCUUGGAACUUGGAUUCUUGCGAUACCAUUUUCGAUGUUGGCCUUACCUCACAACAUGACACUUUCCUCAACAACGUUGUUGUCCCUAGUAAAGUCAGUAAAAAAGGCUUGAAACGUGGUGAUACUAUGUGGGGAGCUUGGUUCUUCUUCAGCUCCUACUUCAGACCAGCCUUGAAGGAGAAGUCAAAGUCUAAGGUCACUAGAGAAACUAGUACUGGAGGAGGGUUUGAUAAGUCUGAUCUCAAGCUUGAUGUGUUUCUUGUUCAGCAUGAUAUGGAGAACAUGUAUAUGUGGGCUUUUAAGGAUAAACCCGAGAAUGCUCUUGGGAAAAUGCAGCUGAGAAGUUAUAUGAACGGGCAUUCUCGUGAAGGGGAGCGUCCGUUUCCCUUUAGUGCGGAGAGAGGGUUUGUUCGGUCUCACAGGAUGCAGAGGAAGCAUUACAGGGGACUCUCUAAUCCUCAGUGUCUUCACGGGAUCGAGUUUGUGGCGUCGCCGAGUCUGUUGUCUGUCAGUGAAGAUGAUAAGAAGAGGUGGAUGGAGCUAACGGGUCGAGAUUUGAAGUUUACUUUCCCUCCUGAUGCUAGUGAUUUCGGUUCUUGGAGAAACGUUCCCAAUACAGAGUUCGAGAUACCUCAUGUUGCUAAACCGGUUUUGAAUAAGAAGAUCCUUAAUGGUUCAGGGUUGCAUUUGACAAGCAACGCUUCUUUCAGUAGCAAUGGUGACUCAUCAGAUCAAUCUCCAGGAGGUGUAGGAGGAGGGAACAAUACUAAGAAGAGGAAAGAAUUCUUAUCUCCUGGAAGCAGUGAAGAAGAAUGUUGCUUGACUGUUAACAACAUUGAGACCCAUCCUGGUUGGGUAAAGGACUUCACUGGAGUGAUGAAGAACGUUCACGGGCCUGCGACUGCAGCUAAAACCAUCUACGAAGACGAAGAAGCUUACCUGGUCGUUGUAACUUUACCAUUUGUGGAUUUGAACAGCGUGAAGGUCUCAUGGAGGAACAGUAUCACCAACGGAAUCGUGAAGGUCACGGGGUCAAGCACGUCUAGGGCACCCUUAGUGAAGAGGAGAGAGCGUACUUUCAAGCUUGUUGAUGAUAAGACGGCUGAGCAUUGUCCUCCGGGGGAGUUCAUGAGGGAGAUACAGUUGCCAAAUAGGAUUCCGGAAGAAGCCAACAUUGAAGCGUAUUUUGAUGGGAUGGGACCGGUUCUUGAGAUUCUGGUGCCGAAGUUGAAAGUGGAGGAAGAACAUGAGGUUAGGGUUUGUCUACGGUCACACCACCUCGGAGGAGUUAGUGAGCUUAAGUUGACGUGAUGAAAAGAUGUAACAUGUUUUUUAUUAUGUAUUUUGUAGAAAAGCAUUUUGUACAAUUGGAAAAUAAGCAGAAGUGCAAUCCUCAGUGUAACCUAUUGAGAUUUUCU